AUGGCUGGUCCAGCCGAGUUUAGUGGGCCUCCCCGUCAGCUGUGGCCAGACCAAAUUCCCCUGCUCCUCAACACGAUCGACAAACUCCGAAGCAUGGGUGUUGGCGAGUAUGUUGAGUUGCCACAGAUGAUUGUCUGCGGUUCCAAGGCCAACGCCAAACGCUCUGUUAUCGAGUCAAUCUCUCGCAUACGCUUUCCAGUCAGGAAGGACUUUUACAAUGGCUUCGUUACGGAAAUCACCUUACGCCGCCAUGCAAUUACUCGCUUCCAAGUCAGCGUUGAACCCGGUCCAUCAUCGAGCAAAAGCGAGCUAGACAUCCAGGAACUCAAAGGAUCCAUGCUCACAGCCCCCAAUGCUGAGCAGUCAGUCUCGCUGAUUGAGAAAGCUACUGGAUUCGUCAAACCCUCUCUCGAAGACGGAUUCAGUGAAGAUGUCAUGAGAGUGGAGCUUUCUGGCCCCGAUCAACCGAACCUGACUCUUAUCGAUAUUCCCAGGCUCUACUUUACAGAGGGCAUAGACGAUGAAAACAAGGAGAAGUGUGCUGGCCGUCUUCAAAUUGAGAAAUACGUGCAGAAUCCACGUACCAUCAUCCUCGCUGUGGUAUCGGCAAAAAUCGACAUUUGUCCUCAAAAGAUAAACGAUUUCGCGGACAAGUAUGAUCGAGGACGAAACCGGAUCUUGGGAAUUAUCACCCAUCUCGACACACUCGAGGAAUCGUCCGACGAGGAAAAGCUAUGGCAGAUGGCUGUCAAAGAAGAAAUAUCGCAACAGCCACUGGGCUUGCAUUUGGUGUGGACCCGAUCGUCCGAGACCCAUGAUGUGCCAGACGAACAGAGAGAUCAGAAGGAGAAGGAGUUCUUCGAGCGAGGAGACUGGAAAACCGUGCCAAGAGAGUCCGUUGGUACUGGCAACCUGCGCAGUCGACUCAGUACCAUUCUUGUGAAUCACGUUCAAAGAAGCCUCCCCAGACUGGUUUCUGAAAUCAACCAAAGGACUCGGAAGAUCCAAUCGAAUAUGGCUAAGCUGCGCACUCCUCAGGAGACGAUUGAUCAACAGAAGGCAUUACUUUUCAACUUGAGUAGCGAUUUCCACCGCAUAACCGAGCAAGCUUUGAAUGGAAUGUACAUUGACGACUUCUUUGCUACCCAAGUGGAUGAUGACCAACUCACGACUCGUGACCCUCGCCGUCUGCGUGCUAUCAUCCGUGCAUUGAAUGAGGAUUUCGCAGAUGUUAUGGAUAUUGCCGGCUGUCGUCAAUUCAUCCAUGGAGUCAACAAUCAGAUCACUUCGUUGCUACACCCUUCCAACCCCUAUGCAAAUAUCAGACAGCCGGUUCACAAGAGCCGCUUGGAGUUCGAACUCGAUGUCCUUGAACUAAUGUGCCGCGAAAGAGGACUUGAAGUCCCAGGGAACACCAGUCAGCUAGUGGUGGCCAACCUCUUUCGAGACCAGUCGGAGCCCUGGGCGGAAAUUGCUCGAGCCCAUGUAAAGAAAUUAUGGGAGACAACCCGGGAAUUCGUGUCGCUGUUGUUGGAUCAUCUUACGGAUGAACACAUGUCUGCGGUGAUAAUGCGAACUGUCAUUCAACCUCAGUUCGAUAGGAUGCUUGCCAGUCUACUGGGCAAGGUACUUGAGUUGACUGCUGCCCACAAGCGAGGCCAUGCAUUGCCUCUGAGUCGGAGCUUUCUUCGAGGUCAUCCAUUGCCUCUUGAUCGAAGCUUUCUUGCUAAGAUGCAGAAGUCCAGGAACGAUCGCGUGCUGGCCCACAUACAGCAGAAUCUUCCUUCGUCUUUCAGUACUAACUACACUAUGGGAGAGCUCCAGGCGGCUACUCAGAACAUGGAGUCAUCAAGCAACCCAUUCAUCGCUUCGGACAUCAUCGACCAGUUCCAAGCAUAUUACAACCAUACUCUAGGGAUCUUCAUGGACAACAUUACGACCCUCGGAAUCGAAAAUUGCCUUCUCGACCCUCUGAACGACCUCUUGACCACGCGGAAAAUCACCGAAAUGGAGGACAGCCAAAUCGAAGACCUUUUCACAGGCGUACACAAUGGCGUGGAGAAUCAGGGACACAAUCUGGGUGAUGAGCUCCAGCUGUUGCAAACCGCCGUGCGAGCAUUGGAUCAAUUCAAGAUUGCGCCAUCUACCGGAGCAAUCAAGCCACCCGGUUUACCCUCAGCUCAUGGGCGUUCAUCUCUCCAACCCUACCUUACCCCCCAAGGGAUCAUCUGCAAUGGCGCAUCUGCCAACCCCUUCGGCGUACUGUGUGUGGAUUCUAGAGUCCAAGGCCAGAACAACACGCCCCGGUAUCAAAUUUCGUGGCCAUCCAGCCCGGCGCCAGACAUGCAGAACCCACCCCCGCCUUGCCCGAGUGGUCCAUUCGGCUUGAAUCCCGGUACAAUGAAUCCUGGGACCGUGAGUGCUCCAACUGCAUCUGUCCCGACUGCGAACACCACUCCAGCCCCUUCCGGCGUACCUGGAUUCGCUGGACCUGCACCUCCGCUCCCUCAGACAGUUACGUCUAGCCCGUUCUAUUCGCCCCGUGCUGGACCUGGUCUAUUCGGUACGCCAGAUACCAGUAGCCACGAUGCGAAUUCGUAUUGGGAGGAGAAAGAUCAUAAUGGUGCCACUAUGUACAACCGGUACUAUUCAAUCUGCUGUCACGAGAAGUUCAAGUCCUUCUCACCAGAGGAGCUGCGAUGGGCUGACUACAAGCUCGGCCGUCAGACACCAAGGCAGUCAGUCUUUGGACAGGGGCGUGAUACUGAGCAACAGCGACGUAUUGCGAGUAUGACGCGGCGUCUUCAAAGAGGUGAGGGUGCGACGUUCAAGUUCCCAUCUCACCUUGAGAAUCGUGGAAAGCCGACCUGA